AUGCUCAAAUACAACAUAACCUACCAAAAUGCUGAGGAACAAAAACACCGAUUAGAGGUGUUUGAAGAAAACCUCAAAUAUAUCAAUGAAGCAAACUCUGAUCCGACAAAGACAUAUCAGCUAGGUGUAAAUCACCUUGCUGAUAUGUCAGCAGAAGACAUGAGGAGGUUAAGGAGCUACAAGAGAAUAUCCGCAAAAAAGGCAACUACUUUCUAUGACAACAAUGUGACCAUUGAUAUUCCACACUCUGUGGAUUGGAGGGUUCGAGGAGCGGUCACGAAAGUGAAAGAUCAGGGGCAGUGCGGGAGCUGUUGGGCAUUUUCCGCCGUCGGAGCUAUUGAGGGAGCUCACAAGAUCAAGACCGGAAGGCUUGUUUCUUUGUCCGAACAAGAGUUGGUCGACUGUGACACAGUCGACCAAGGGUGUUUAGGUGGGUAUAUGGAGAGAGCCUUCGAUUACGUGAUCGAACGUGGUGGCAUUACACACAAGAGGCAAUAA